AUGAAGGCAACAGAAGGAUCCACACUAGACCAAACCGGAACAGUCAAUCAGAGUGCUUUCCCUGAGGGAGAAAUGGUACUAAGCGGAAAGAGACCGUGGGCGAGGCAGCUGUGGCUCACCGCCAAUAAAGACCGGCAGGAAAAGUCUCGGCAGCCUCGCAGGGCGAAGAGCGAUAAGCCCCCCGGCUUGCCCGAGCGGUUACAGUAUCUAGGCCUUCCAUCUAUCGAGUUAUCUAUCUUCCAGGUUACACGGGAAAUCUCCCCAGCGGAAUCAGGUCCCGGAGGAACCGGGAAGGAGAAAGAGAAAGCCGAGUUGAAGAGCGGGUUCAACUUCUACGCGAGGUCACCAAGUGGGAUGGCCAACCAAGUACUCUUUGUAAAUGCCAAGGGAUACUCGGGAAAUGAAGGAAGAGAAGGAGAGGGAGAGAGAUGGCAGAGAAAUAGGGAAAAGAAAGAGAGUUAUUCGCACCAUUCCCCGCCCAGUCUGAUCCGUGCUUUUCUGAUUCCUUCGCCCCCCGUCACCUUUUCCUGCGUAAUCGCAUUCGUUUCGGGUGCUGGGCUGCAUUCCCAACCUUCGCAUCAAAUCAAGCGUCACGAUGCCGCUCGGGCACUGGGUCUCGGGCUUGGUUUUGGUCUUGGUAUCCCUAUCAUCUUCAUGAAGGAAAUUUCCGGUCUUCUGGUCCCGGCCAUUCGCCAGUCUUUGCCCAGACGCCCAGUCGUUCUUGGUUUUUUCUUGUCCCUCCACGCUUUUACUGCCUUGAUGUUUGUGCUGGGCUGA